GUUUCGUAGAAGCGGAUCCAAAUGUAUAUAUAAAGAAAUAUGUGUGAAAGGCAUAUAGAAGAAAUAUUCUUAAAUAUUUUACAUAUAAUAUUAGUAAAUUUAUAAAAUGUACAUAUAAACAAUUGUUUUUUUUUUUUUUUUUUACUAAUUUAGUUAUAUUAUAAUUAAUGUGAAGUGUUCUAUUAGGAAAUAUUUAAGAAAUCUGUUUUGAGUAAUAUUUUAAAGUGCUUCGAUCAAAAUGGAUCGAGAAAUAAUUGAUGUUUUGGACGAGAUUGUUCGAAAAGUAAUAUUAAUAUGUGAUUCGUCUGUGGAAAAUAAAUUAAAUUUAAAUGAAGGAGCACAAAAAUUUGAUUGUGAAUCUCAAAUUUGUCACUCGACAAAUAUGAAUGAAGAAAUUGAAGAUAAAGGAGAAAAGAGAUUAUUACCUGAAAGUGAUAGUUUAAAAAAUACACAAAUUGUAAUUAAGGCAGAUACAAUUAAAGAAAAUAAAUUCCCUGUGAUAGAUAAAGAACCUUUAGAAAGAAUGACACCAGAUUCUCAAGAUAAAAAUUCAUCAGAUUCUACGGAAUUGAAUGCAGAUUAUUUAAAUAAUUCAAAAGAUGAAAGAAUAUUUAAUCAUAAUUCAAUAAUUGAAAUCAACGAAAUCGAUAAUAAUCCAGAAAAUAAUUUAUCACAAAAUGACAAUAGAAUACCUAAUCAAAAUUCAAUAGCAGAAUUGAAUAGUGUUUUAGAAAGUAAUUUAAAAGACGAUAAUAGAAUAAAAAAUUGCAAUUUAAUAGAAAAAACUAAAUUUGAAGAUGAUAGAAAAAUAACAAUAGAUGAUAAACAAAUAUUUCCUAUAACAGAACUAACAAGAAGUCCAUUAAUUUAUGGAAGAAAAGUGAGAGAAAUAGAGGAUUUGGCAAUUCCUUCCACAUCAACUGGUAUUGUGCCUUCAGUGAUAGUUAUAAAUGAUUUGUCAAAUGAAAGUUCAUCAUCUGCAUAUUCAACAGGUGAAAUGCGAAGGCGAACAGUUGAAAAUAAUUUUGCAUUUUUAUCAGAUUCCGAUUUAAGUGAUGAAGAAAUUGAACAAAUUUUAGGCUGUGAAAAUAGAGCCUAUGAAUCGUGUGAUGAAAUUGAAAUUACACAAGAGACUGAAAUUGUAAUACCUGUUGAAGAAUAUGAAAUAAUUAAAUAUAAUAAUUAUAUUUGGAGUUCAAUGGGUUUUAUGAAAGUUGCACAAGUGAUAUGCUGCAUUACUAUGUAUGUUUCAAUUAGUUUGUGUCGUUUUCACAGCAAGCAUAUACAAAUUUUUUGCAUUAUUGGAGCUUGUUUUUCAUUAUUUAUAUUAAUUGUGUAUUCAUAUCGAAUACAUAUCGAUUAUUGGAAGACUUACAAAAUUCGUUUACUUCUUUCGGAAUAUAUAUACCUUGUUAUAUACACAAUUUGUGAUACAGUAUUUGCUAUUAUUAAAUUCGAAUUUAAUGAAGAAGCCAAUUAUCGAGAAAGAAUGGCCGUUAUGAUAUUGAUGAUUUCAACGUUGAUAGCAGCAUCAACCUAUUGUUAUGAUGCAAUUUUAUGCUAUUCAUUGAUAGAAGAAACAUCGAAAAAUAAUUCUGAUGAAAAAAAAUUAUUGCUUUCUUAUUUACCAACAUGUUCGAAAUCAUCAAGAGCAGAGAUAUGUGAUAUAUUUCAUACUUGUAUUUUAUAA